GGACGCGGGACCGCCGCCGAUGCAGUCGCGUGGCGACGUAACGCCUACAAAAAAAUUCAUAGUGGUUACGCUGUGUAGUGACAUGUGCGUUUUGCUAUUGUGAUUUUUGCAGGCGUGACUGAAUGUAAACAUAAGCCAGACUGAUAUGAUUCGGGCAUGGUGUGGAUAUCUAACAUUCAUUGUCGUCCUCGCACAAGCUGGAAGCGAUUGGCUCAACUGCGCUCACAUAACAGAAUGUCACUGCAAAUGGUCUUCAGGAAAGAAAACAGCAUCAUGCGUAUCAGCAGGCUUGAGACAGCUUCCAAAGUUAGCAGCAGACAUCCAAGUAUUAGACCUCCACGGAAAUCCUUUAAAAAGGCUAGAAGAAGACGCCUUUUCAAACAUAGAACUGUUAAAUCUUCAGAGAUUAAAUCUCAGUUCAACAAAUCUACAGUCACUACAUGCAAAUGCUUUUCGAGAACUACGAAUAUUAAUAGAGCUGGAUUUGUCCCAGAAUCAACUUCUGCAGCUAUCACCUGACACGUUCAAAGGGGCAGAACGCCUGAGGUUGUUGAUCCUCAAUGAUAACCCAUUAAGUGUCCUAGUUGCGGAGCAAUUUCCUCCGUUGAAACAUUUAAAAAAGCUGGAAAUAUCACGAUGUCAGCUUCGCAAAGUCCAUCCGUUUGCUUUUAUGAAUCUUCAAGCUCUGGAAACAGUCAAUAUACACCAAAAUUUACUGUCACAUCUUCACCAAGAUACAUUUAAUUUGCCGGUACUUAAAACCCUAACACUGUCUGACAAUCCUUGGUACUGUGAUUGUCGACUACGAGAAUUUCACGAUUGGUUUCUAAACAGUAAUUUAGGUAACGAAGAAGUUUUUUGCGGAGGUCCAGAUAAAAAGACGGAUACUUCAUGGAGAGCUUUAAAAAGGGAAGAUUUUAUAUGCCCACCUUCUGCAACCACAUCACCGAUGGUUAUUAGAACUGAGGCAGGGGCUGAAAUAUCUUUUGGAUGUUUUGUAAGAGGUGACCCUAAACCUAUAGUAACAUGGACUUUUCGUCAUGUAGAAAUAAAUAAUAGUAGCGAAAAACACAGUGAUAUUAUAAUCAACAAAUUCCAGUUAGACAAUUUUGACGAAUAUAAUGAUGACUUCUUAAAUAAAAGUGCACAGUGGAUUAAUUUGACUAUUACGAAUGUAACUAGUGAUUUAGCGGGAGAGUGGAAAUGUAGGGCUAAAAGUCCUGUUGGAGAAGCGAAUUCUUAUGUAACACUAUUUCUGCCUAAAGCUAGAACAGCAACAGCAAGAGUAGCACCUAAUUACUCGACCUUUUUUUUAAUAGGAGGUUCAUUGCUUACCAUGACCACAGGAGGCUUUAUAGCAGCAUGCGUUUGCUGGAAAACAAAGCGUCGAAGAGUGCCGCCAAGUAGAAGUUUUACUGAUCAAGAAAAGAAAUUAUUAGAUACUUCUUUAGCUGUUAGUUGUGAUAGAACAAGUGGAGAUUUAGGAUCUUCGUAUGGCUUUGAAAUGCUCGACAGAUCCAUUUCUAUGGAAUCCGAUGAUGCCAGAUGCUUAGAGCCUGUACAAAUUACGAUAGAAGGCCCACCUGGUUCGUUUCCUCCACCUCCUGCUGAAUUUGCAUUACCAGCUCCGUAUGGUAAUAUAUUUAUUUCUGUCCAAGUUGCCGGGCAUAGUGACGAGUAUCCAGACCUCUUGGGAGGUGGCGCCACACUACCCAGAAGAAGUAGGACUUGUUUCCUAAAAUCUGCUUAUGAUAACAUGGGACCUAGGAUUACAGCCGCGGGUAGCUCAACAUGGUCACUUCCAGGGGCAAAUGGUGACAAAAAUAAUGACAAAGAACCUUUGAAUGUUCCUCUGUCAACCUUUUCUACUGAAUUUACCGCUUUGUAAGUUUCAAAUGUUUUUUUUUUUCAAAUACUAAUGUGUGUAUUUGUGAUAGAACUGAGACCAGCAGAUUAGGAACCAUGAAAUCAGCACAUUUUGCUAACCUUGUUU